CUUUCUAUAUGAACCGUUACUUUCACAAUUGGCGAUUGUCAUCCCUAUUAAUACAGACAAUAAAAGUACUACAAGCACACGCACCACUAUGGCGCUUAUCAUCAUGACGGCCUACUAUUUCCUCCCAGCCAUUCUCUUCGCCCUCAUAAUUUCCAAGCUCCUAAUCUCAUCCAAAAACAAACGACGCCGCACUGACCUCCCUCCUAGCCCGCCGUCGCUUCCAUUCAUCGGCCACCUCCAUCUCCUCAAGGAACCAAUCCACAGAACCCUACAAACCCUCUCCCAACAGUACGGCCCAAUCUACCUCCUCUCCCUCGGCGUCAAAAACGUCGUCGUCGUCUCCUCCCCGUCCCUGGCCGAGGAAUGCUUCAACAAGAACGACAUCGUCCUGGCCAACAGGCCGAUGUCCAUCUCAGGCAAAAUCAUCAACUACAACUACACCACCGUGGCGGCCGCGCCGUACGGUCCGCACUGGCGCAACCUCCGCCGCUUCACCGCCGUCGAGCUCCUCUCCACCGCCAGGCUGAACUCCUCCGUCGGCAUACGUCAGGAUGAGGUCAGGCUGCUCAUCAGCAGCCUGUUUGACAAGGUCUCGGGUGCUGGCGGCGGGUCGGGUUUCGGCGAGGUGGAGAUGAGGUCGAGGCUGAACGGUCUUUCGUUGAACAUAGUGAUGAGGAUGGUCGCCGGGAAGAGGUAUUUUGGCACGGAGGGAGCAGCGGAGGAAGGUGAGAGGUUUCAGGAGGUGAUUAGGGAGGUUUUCGACGUGAGCGGGGCGUCGAAUCCGGCGGAUUUCUUGCCGGUGCUGAGGUGGAUUGAUUACGGCGGGAUGGAGAAGAGGAUGCGGCGAGUUUUCGCGAAAUUCGAUGCUGUUUUCCAGGAUUUGAUCGAGGAGCAUCGGGGGAGGGAGGAAGAUUCGACACGGUCAAAGACGAUGAUCGGUGCUUUUUUGACUUUGCAGGAAUCCGAACCUGAGACCUACUCCGAUGAUGUUAUCAAAGGUCAUGUCAUGCAGACAAUAAUACUUGCAGGCACAGACACAUCAGCUGCCACAAUAGAAUGGGCAAUGUCACUUUUACUUAAUCACCCGAAGAUCCUCAACAAGGCAAGAACCGAAUUAGAUGAUGUCGUUGGGAAGAACCGACUAGUUCAGGAAUCAGACUACGUCAAACUUCCUUACCUCCAAAGUAUCAUCAAUGAGACGCUUAGGUUGUAUCCAGUAGCACCACUUUUGGUACCACACUACUCCUCAGAUAAUUGCACCAUUGGAGGCUAUCAUAUUCCCAAAGGCACAACAUUGUUGGCUAAUGCAUGGGCUAUUCAUAGAGACCCUGAAGUUUGGGAUGACCCAACCAAUUUCCGGCCCGAGAGAUAUGAAGGAUUGGAAGUGGAGGGGUACAAGUUAUUACCAUUUGGAAUGGGAAGACGGUCGUGUCCUGGUUCCGGGCUAGCUAAUAAAGUUGUGAGCUUAGCGUUGGGUGCAUUAAUCCAAUCUUUUGAGUGGAAAAGGAUUAGUGAAGAGUCAUUGGACAUGUCUGAAGGGCAGGGACUAACCAUGCCUAAGGUGGAGCCUCUUAGAGCUUUGUGUAAAGUGCGUGAAUGCUUGAAAGAUGUCUUAAUUGUGUGAUCAUGUCAUCUUGACGAUCAUGUCGAGUUAUCUGCUAUAGUAGUACCCUAUAUAAACAUGAUGAAAUUAUUUGAUUCAGCCACGUGACUAAUGGUGAAAGC